AUGGUUCGAAUUUCGUUGAUGUCAUGGGCGUUCGGCAGGUUUGCCAGGCAGCAUUCCCAGGACCCCUACCGUUUCUCACUUCUUCACAAUGAACACGCUUCCUCCUCAGAGUCUCUAGCUUCCGAGAUUUCUAUGCUCUACUUUGCGGCUCAAGGAACCGAACAUGUACCUGCAAUCGCCUCUUACAACCGACCCCCAACCAAGCGGCUCCGCACGCCUUUGUUUAUCCCUUUCACUCGCAACAACGCUAUGUUAAGACAAACCGUCCUCGGAUAUAUAUCAGCUGGCUGGCCACGCACUGAUAUCGUCAUUAUCGAUAACAGCGGCACAUUCGACGCAAAUGACAGGAAGCAACUCUCCGAGCAGAACCCAUUUUUCCUCGACUAUGAUUUGUUCCGGAAUCGAUACGGCGUAUCCAUCCAACAAACCCCGACACUGCUCAAUUUCGCGCAACUGCAAAAUUAUCUUCUUCGACAAGCGCUAGCCCGCGAUUGGCCUUACUACUUCUGGAGCCACAUGGACGUUGGAAUAUUAAGUGAGGAGGAAGAUGUCCCUUACGUGCCAUUCUACCACCGAGUGCUCGAUAUCAUGAAGGCCUCGAAUGUCACCAAGGACAGGAUCGACGGGAAUUGGGCUGCCAAGUUCUUCCAAUUCGACAACUUGAUGUUGGUGAAUGUGGAAGUGUGGCGCAACAUCGGACAGUGGGAUGCAUUUAUCCCGUACUACGCCACAGACUGCGAUGCGUAUGGGAGAGCGCGAAUGCUCGGGCACACGACAGAUAAUGUCAGAGCAGGACAUAUCUUCGAUGUUGCUGAUGUCGUGUCAAACCCUGAGCUGAAGUUCUUUCCGCUAGACGCUCGUGCGGCUUCCGGCCAAAAGCUCUCCGCGCAAAGUGGCAAGUCCACAGGCGACGAAGUUAAGUCGGAGCGAUACAGAUCGCUCAGAAACGAGUUGCAGAAAUUGUCCAACAAGAAAUUAAGAAAUCCCUAUGGCAGGAAUACGUGGCAGAACAAACAGAAAGGAGGCAAAGGUGAACCUUGGACUUACGACCCGAUCGGGUUUCAAGACGCAUGGUGGCAGACUGCAGAAGCUGGUCGUGCACUGUUUGUCAAGAAGUGGGGAACGGAUAAUUGUAAUUUACAUGGCGCAAAUGUAACCAUGUAUCAUGAAUGGCGGAAGGCGCAGGAUGUUACUGCCAGGGACAUUGGACACUACACAUGA